CUACCAUAAAAGCAUUUGGGUUCGGGUGGAUUUAUACAUCCGAUCAGGCAAAAACACAUCCACAGCAAGAUGAGUUUCUCUAGCGAUGAGGUAAACUUCCUGGUUUACCGCUAUCUGCAGGAGUCUGGGUUUUCUCAUUCCGCGUACACGUUCGGAAUCGAAUCACACAUCUCACAAAGCAACAUCAAUGGAGCCCUUGUACCACCGGCCGCCCUGUUGAGCAUUUUGCAGAAAGGGUUGCAAUAUACCGAGGCAGAAAUCAGUAUAGGAGAGGAUGGUACCGAGCAACGAUUGGGUGAAAGUUUGAGUCUCAUCGAUGCGGUCAUGCCGGAGGUGGUUGCCAACAGGCAGAAUAUGCAAAACCAGCAAAAGCAAGCUACGAAAACCGAACCCCCGGAGACGAAUGGUACGACGGAGGAACCGGCUGCUCCACCGCCAACUACGACGACUACUGCUUCCACAACCCCAGCUCCAGUAGAAACGAUGGAAGUAGAUCAAAGCAUUGAAAUUCCCGCCUCCAAGGCGACGGUUCUUCGAGGACACGAAAGUGAGGUGUUCAUCUGUGCUUGGAACCCGAGUACAGAUUUGCUUGCCAGUGGAUCAGGUGACAGCACAGCACGCAUUUGGGAUAUGUCCGAUAAUCCGGCCAAUCCGAAUCAACUCGUACUGCGUCACUGCAUCCAGAAGGGUGGUACGGAGGUACCGAGCAACAAGGAUGUUACAUCGCUCGAUUGGAACUGUGACGGUACACUGCUGGCGACGGGUUCAUACGACGGAUAUGCUCGUAUUUGGCGUACGGAUGGGUUGCUGGCAAGCACGCUCGGUCAACAUAAAGGACCCAUAUUCGCGCUGAAGUGGAACAAACGGGGUAAUUACAUUCUUUCCGCUGGUGUGGACAAAACGACCAUCAUCUGGGAUGCUGCGACCGGCCAGUGUACGCAGCAAUUUAGCUUUCAUUCAGCACCGGCGCUGGAUGUGGACUGGCAGUCGAAUCAAUCGUUUGCGAGUUGCAGCACAGAUCAAUGCAUUCACGUCUGUAAGCUAGGCGUAGACAAACCCAUCAAAUCGUUCCAGGGACACACGAAUGAAGUCAAUGCUAUCAAAUGGGACCCCCAGGGACAGCUGUUGGCUUCCUGUUCAGACGACAUGACGCUGAAGAUUUGGUCGAUGAAGCAAGACACUUGUGUGCAUGAUCUUCAGGCUCAUUCGAAAGAGAUCUACACGAUCAAAUGGUCACCAACGGGUACGGGUACACAGAAUCCUAACAUGAACCUCAUACUGGCAAGCGCUUCCUUCGAUUCGACCGUACGUCUAUGGGACGUUGAACGAGGCGUUUGCAUUCACACGCUCACGAAACACACGGAACCGGUGUAUUCGGUGGCGUUCAGCCCGGACGGCAAAUUCCUUGCGUCCGGUAGCUUCGACAAGUGUGUCCACAUCUGGAGCACCCAAAGCGGACAGCUGGUGCACAGCUACAAGGGAACCGGUGGUAUAUUCGAGGUGUGCUGGAACUCGCGCGGCAGCAAAGUCGGCGCCAGUGCCAGUGACGGCAGUGUGUUCGUGCUGGAUCUCCGGAAGUUAUGAGCGACGGUACCGUCCGCUGGUACAGGAGCACCCGGAUCGGCACCAGGACCACCGCCACCACUGCUGACGGCGGCCGAGAAAAAAUCCUAACAAUCAUUGACAGGCGCCCGACGAACACAUCCCAAGUAAAAUGGCGAGGAGCAUUUCGCAUCCAUCGGUACUCGUCGUGGAUUGUUCGCUGGGAAUGGCGCUCACUUUAUACAAUAUCCGUGUUUAACGUUAUUCGCCCCCCAUUGUACCGCUUUCGGAAGACUUGGCGUGUGUUCGGCAUUAGCGCACUAGAUUAUUUAGGCCUCUGUAGGGAAAGAGACGAGAUUGCAUAUUGUGUGCAGAUCGAUAUAAGCUUUUAUUUUAUCAGCCUGCAUCGACUUCCAAUUGAUGAGCAGGGGUUUGUUUGAAGGCAUCCAACGUUCUUGAGAGCAAACAUAACAGAACGGAAACUUAAAGAUUUAAGACGUAAAUUUUAGACAUUAGACAUCUUCAUUAUCGUGCAGAAUAAAAUCAUGCUUAGGAAUAGUUCGAUUAUCGGUAGGGACUUUCGCGUGCAAAAAAUCAGACGAAAGGCAACAACUUCUUCGCAUUCGAAAGGCCGGGCUUUUUUAAAGAAUAAAUAAAUAUUCAGCUGUAAAU